UAACUCCGAAUCCCUGCGUCGUCGCUAGUAACACGCCGACAGGAACCAUCUUCGGCGAUCGUGAUGUCGUCGGCCUCGUGGCGCCACCGAGUGCAUCCGCUCCUCCGCCGCCUCCUGAUUUCCUUCCUCCUACUCCCUCCUGUUCUCCUCCUCGCCGCCUUCCUCUUCUCUCCCACCGCUUCUAAUCCUUUCGACAGGUCCUUCUCGCCGGAGGAGUCCGACAUCUGGAGCGCGCGAAGGGUGGUGGAUUGGAAGCCGUGCAAUUGGUGGAAGAGCGCACCUUUAGCUGAUUCUUAUGCUGCAGCUCUGCCCGCGAAGACCAACGGGUACAUCCGGGUGGAUUGCUAUGGCGGCCUGAAUCAGAUGAGACGCGACUUCUGCGACGGGAUCGGCAUAGCUCGAAUCCUAAAUGCUACUCUGGUAUUGCCAAAGUUUGAGGUGGCGGCUUACUGGAAUGAGUCGAGUGGCUUCGCCGAUGUGUUUGAUGUAGACUACUUUAUUCAACAAACUCAAGGUUUUGUCCAAGUUGUGAAAGAGUUGCCUGAAGAUUUUGCUUCAACAGAACCUUUCAGGGUGGAUUGCCACAAACGAAAAGGGCAGUUUGAUUAUGUUGAGGCAGUGCUCCCUGCGUUGCUGGAACAUCGCUUUAUAUCUUUAACACCAGCUAUGAGCCAGAGAAGAGACAGGUAUCCACUAUAUGCUAAGGCUGCCCUUUGCCAAGGGUGUUAUAGAGCACUGCGUCUCAAUAAGGCCUUGGAGGCUAAAGGUUCUGAACUUUUCAAAUUGAUACCAAAACCUUUCCUUUCUCUACAUCUCAGAUUUGAACCCGAUAUGGUGGCAUACAGCCAAUGUGAAUACUCUGGAUUGUCCUUGGCAUCCAUGAACUCUAUUGAAUCUGCACGCGGCGAUAGAAAACCAUGGACUGGUGAUGCUGCACGUGCUUGGAGGAAUCGUGGGAAAUGCCCUUUGACACCGAAAGAAACAGCAUUUAUCCUCCAAUCUCUUAAAAUCCCUGCCAAUACUUCAAUUUAUUUGGCAGCUGGUGAUGGUCUUAUGGAGACGGAAGGCUUCGCAUCUGUCUACACCAACACACAUACUAAAUCAUCUCUCUUGCAAACAGAAGAUUUUCUCACCAUGCAUGGCAACACUAAAGCCGCAUUGGAUUACUAUGUUUCGAUUAACAGUGAUGCAUAUGUAGCGACUUAUUUUGGAAACAUGGACAAGAUGGUAACUGCAAUGAGAGCAGUGAAUGAACAUCACAGAACAUUGGUUCUGAGCAGGAGGGAUUAUGCAAACUUUACUUCAAUCGGGCUGAAAGGGGUGGAGCUGGCUGAUGCGUUAUGGAAAUCUCACAGGGAAGAUUUUGUGAUGGGAAGGGGUACUGCUUUACCAGAUUGUUUCUGUGAUUCAAUUUUGUGAAAAAAAGUCAUUGGAUGAAAGGAAUUUUGACGUGUAACUCUUAACUGCUCUUUUAAAGACAAGCAAUUAAAUAUUAGCUAAUGCCGAAGAUUCACAUUCUUUACUAA